AUGAAGAAGAAAAGAGAAGACGAAGAAGAGACCAAAGGGCAACAAGUUGCCAACAACAAUGGCGAUUCGGUUCGAGUUCAGACAGAGGAAGUUAAAAAGAAAAGUCUCAACUUUCUCUUGUUGUCUUUUUGUGUUCACAUUCAACAAGGAGAGAGAGAAAAGACGAGUGGCUAUUGGUUGAGAAUCGUGGGUGUUAGAAAUAAAUAUUGAUUCAUUUUUUUUUUGUUCUUUUAAAAAAAAAACUGAUUCAUUUAUUUCUCUUUUUUUAACAAAAAUCCAAAAACUAAUUAAUUCAAUUUAGGGAGUAAAUAUUCCCAUUGAAUAAUGGAAAAAUAUAUGUGCUUAUGUGGUAACUUUGGAUUUUUUUUUAAAUGUGAAUGUGAAUGUUCAUAACUAAGUAAAGAAGUGAACAUCUAA